GCUCAGACACAGGGGAGGCACCGAAGUUACUAUAUCAGAACUCCUUCCGAGGUAUAAGGAGCAUACCUCUAAUAACUCAAUUGCUGUGAACCCAUUGUUAUGUUUCUGGUACUAAGCAUCUCUCCAGCUGCAGAUUGACUGCAAUGUUCUUUCUACUUCAUUUCAUCGUCCUGAUGGAUGUCAAAGAUUUUGCACGGACUGAAGGCAGUUCAAUCACGUCUUUGUGCCCCAAAGGAUAUUUUCCCUGUGGGAAUCUGACCCAGUGCUUACCCCGUGCUUUUCACUGUGACGGUGUAGACGACUGCGGGAACGGAGCCGAUGAGGAGAACUGUGGAGACACUAGUGGAUGGGCGACUAUAUUUGGCACAGUCCAUGGAAAUGCUAAUAAUGUGGCAUUAACACAGGAGUGCUUUUUAAAUCAGUAUCCACAACGCUGUUACUGCAAAGAAACGGAGUUGGAUUGUAUAAAUGCUGGUUUGACGUCUGUGCCAACUGUUUCCAGCAAUGUGACUUUACUGUCUCUUAAGAAAAACAAUAUUCACAGUCUUUCAGAUAAAGUUUUCAUCAAAUACACAGAACUUAAAAAGAUAUUCCUUCAGCACAAUCGUAUUAGACAUAUAUCCAGGAAAGCAUUCUUUGGAUUACAUAAUCUGCAAAUAUUGUAUCUCAACCACAACUGCAUUACGACUCUCAGCCCUGGAGUAUUCAGAGACUUACACCGGCUAACGUGGCUAAUUCUGGACGACAAUCCCAUAACCAGAAUUUCACAGCGGUUGUUUGCUGGAUUAAAUUCCUUGUUUUUCUUGUCUAUGGUAAAUAACUACUUAGAAGCCCUUCCCAGGCAGAUGUGUGCCAACAUGCCGCACCUCAACUGGCUGGAUUUGGAAGGCAAUGGGAUAAAACACCUUACGAAUUCAACCUUCCUGUCGUGCGGUUCCCUCACGGUGCUGUUUCUGCCUAGAAAUCAAAUUGAUAUUGUUCCAGAGAAGACAUUUUCUUCAUUAAAAAAUUUAGGAGAACUGGACCUCUCUAGCAAUCUGAUAAUGGAGCUACCACCUCACAUUUUCAAAGACCUGAAGCUUCUGCAAAAACUGAAUCUGUCGUCCAAUCCUCUCUUGUAUCUCCACAAGAACCAGUUUGAAAGUCUUAAACAGCUUCAGUCUCUAGACCUGGAAAGGAUAGAGAUUGCCAGUAUAAGCACACGGAUGUUUCAGCCCAUGAAGAAUCUCUCUCACAUUUAUUUCAAAAACUUUCGAUACUGCUCCUAUGCUCCCCAUGUCCGAAUAUGUAUGCCCUUGACUGACGGCAUUUCUUCAUUUGAGGACCUCUUGGCUAACAAUAUCCUCAGAAUAUUUGUCUGGGUUAUAGCUUUCAUAACCUGCUUUGGAAAUCUUUUUGUCAUUGGCAUGAGAUCUUUCAUUAAAGCUGAAAACACGACUCACGCGACGUCCAUCAAAACCCUUUGUUGUGCGGACUGCCUGAUGGGCGUUUACUUGUUCUUCAUUGGCUUUUUUGAUCUCAAAUACCGCGGGCAGUAUCAGAAAUACGCCUUGCUGUGGAUGGAGAGCUUGCAGUGCCGUCUGCUAGGCUUCCUGGCCAUGCUCUCCACCGAAGUCUCCGUCCUGCUGCUCACGUACUUGACUUUGGAGAAGUUCCUGGCUGUUGUCUUCCCCUUCAGUAACAUUCGUCCUGGCAAAUGGCAGACCUCGGGCAUCCUCAUUGGCAUCUGGAUUGUGGGAUUUUUGAUAGCUGCGAUUCCCUUUUGGAAGGAGGAUUAUUUUGGAAACUUUUACGGGAAGAACGGAGUAUGUUUCCCACUUUAUUAUGACCAAACAGAAGCCAUUGGAAGCAAAGGGUAUUCUCUUGGGAUUUUCCUAGGUGUGAAUCUGCUGGCUUUUCUCAUCAUUGUGUUUGCCUAUACUAUUAUGUUCUGUUCCAUUCAAAAAACUGCCUUGCAGACUUCAGAAGUGAGGAGUCCCACUGGAAGAGAGGUGGCUGUGGCGAACCGUUUCUUUUUUAUAGUGUUCUCUGAUGCCAUCUGCUGGAUUCCCGUAUUUGUCAUUAAAAUUCUCUCCCUCUUCCGGGUGGAAAUACCAGUACCUCCAACUGGAAUGCAACACGUUACGAUGCCCUCAGUGGUUUGCGAUCAGCACUCUAGAGAGAAACUGGGUAAGGAUGCAAUCCAGACGAGAACGAUAAAAACGCAGGAGACAGAGGGAAACUAAGUCGUCGUGCCUUGCUUCUACCUGAGCGAGAUGGUGGUUCUUAACCAAGAAUAUAUAAGAAUAAAACACAACAAAAUAUCUAUGCCCAGGUUCCCAUUGGCCUCUGGAUUUUGUCUCUAGGGACUAAGGCCUACUCAUGGGUGUUUGGGGAAAGUUUCCCCUGGGAUUCUGAGGUGCACACUCUGGGUUAAGAACCCCCGGUGCACAUCAUGGCCCCAGCCUUGUGGCUGCCACCCUGGGGCCUGUGGGUGCUGGGUGUUCUGUGCAAGUGCCUGAUCCAGAAGGCCAGGCCCCCACCCACCUCUGCUUCAACCUGAGGAAAUCACCUUUCAUGAGUCGGGAUUUUUCUGGAAGCUCUUUCUGUGACCUAGAAAUUAUCACCAUCCUAGGGGCCAGCCACUCUCAGGGACACAGGCUUUGGGGUCAUCUUGCACUCACUGUUUCAGCCGCUUGCCAAGCUCUUUGGUGUGUUCCUCCAGGCCAGGAAUUGUCUUCUUCCUCGUGAUCCUCCACGGUCAGACCUGGGGUUGACACGGAAGCCCUGAGAAAAGAGUGAUGAAUGCACAGGCAGCGAAUCAUCUGCCUUGUCAAAUGAUUCGCUGCAAAAUGACACACGAUGUGGGCAGCCUCCGCUUAACUCUCAGCUCAGUCUCACAACAAGGCAGAGAUGUCCCUGAGCCAUGUCAGACGCAUGUGGGGGGAAGAUGGAGGAGGUCAGCGCUGACGGCUCUGCUCGGUGGCCUCUGCUGGGUGGGGAGAGCAGGAGCCCUAAGAAUAUGGGUGAGAUCACCCCUGGAAGCCAGUUACACACAAAGAACGGGGUUCUUAAGUAUCAGUGGUCACAGAGAACUUGAUAACAGUCGACUGCAGUUUCCCAGGCAUCUCAGUAUUUACAUCCUAGCAUUUCAAUGCGGCAGGACUAAAAUGUCCUUUGGCCUCCAUUGCUCAUGGAAUAUAGUCCAAAUGCUGGGAUUAACAUGAAGACAUGUCUUGCCUCCCAUCCCACUCUCAUAUAGUCUACAUUCCAGGAAGAAUAGAAUAGAACUUGGGGGAUUUCCCUGCACCUUUUUUUUUUGGAGGGUGGG